AUGGCGGCUGUCGACUUCACCAAGAUGACUCCGGAGGAGCUGGACGCGGUGUUGGAAGGGCCAGCCAUGGCUCCGCCGGACGGAGAAGUCAGCAACUUUGUUGACCCUCCAAACGAAAAUGGCCUGGCCAUCGCCAUUAUCGCCAUUUGCUUGGUCGUUGUUGUCCUCUGUCUCGCCGUCCGCGCAUAUGCCAGAUUGAUCAUUCUGAAAAGAGCGCAAACUCAAGAAUACUUGAUUCUGGCAGCUUUUACAUGUUUCAUCGGAUGGACCUGGGGUACCAUAAGCCUGAUUGACAACCCGGGAUACUACGUCCACACAUGGAAUGUCAAGCUUCGAGAUACAGUCAGCAUGGGACUGGUCAUUCACAUCAUAGGCCUUUUCUACUCCGUGUGCCUUCCACUCCUCAAGAUAUCGAUCUUGCUGGAAUGGCUUGGUUUAUUCGUCCCCGGUAACAGAAACUGGUUCUGGUGGGUGAGUUGGGGCCUGAUAGGCAUCCAGAUUGCCUUCGCAAUCGCUGCGGUCAUCGCUUUGAAUAUGGUCUGCAUCCCAGCGCAGAAGAAGUGGGAGUUCUGGCUUCCGGGCAAGUGUAUCAAUGCCCACGACAUUGAGACCGUCUCAGCUAGCUUCCAGCUUGUCUCGGACUGCAUCAUUCUCGUACUUCCCCAGAAGGCAAUUUGGGACCUGCAGAUGGGCUGGAAGAGAAAGCUAGGUGUCUCUGUCAUCUUCUCGCUCGGUCUUUUCGCUUGCGUUUCCGCUGCCUUCCGUCUCGCCGUCACAGUUUCGUACGCCGAAGCCGCAGAUACCAUAUACCACAUCGGACCCGUCUGUUUCUGGGCUUUUGCCGAGAUGACAUGCGGCUUCAUCGUCGUCUGCCUUCCUUGUGCGCCUAAGAUCUUGCUGGAGAGCGGUGUCUGGCGCAAAAUGAAGAAGGGACUCGGAAUGAGCGUUACUGCCGGGGCCACCGGCGCCAGCGGAACCGGCAUGACUCCGAAAAACCGGUCGGGGUCAAGCGCCAUGAGAUCGAAAAACAUGCGGCCAGCCGGUAACUCGUAUUUGGAAAUCGACGACACAGAGAUGAAGACAUUCCAGUCUGAGUCGACCGAGCAUCUCCGCGAAGAUCCACGAGCCAACAAGCUGGACCAAGGCAUCGUGCGCACCACACAAGUCACUGUCACUCAGAACUCAGACACUUCCAGCGGCAAGGAGGGCAUGUACAGCCAUCAAGCACCGCAAUGGAGGUAA